GAAGCACUAAUUUAGACAGUCAUCGAUCAGUACGUUAUUCAUUAGUGUUCAUACAGAACUUACCUGAGAGAUCUCCAGGCACGGCAGCUUUCCCACUUGGGCCCCCGUGAAGCCGUAGACGGAGUUUGCGCUGAUCUUAAGGGCCAGCUGUCGGCCAUCCAGCACCUGCUUCUUAAAAGGGUCCGUUUCCUUCUUCAACUCAGCCUUAGCCCUACGGACAGAGGGGAUCAAUAUGCCGCUGGCUCGCAGCCUGUCCGUCACGUCCCUGUCUGGGCUGGAGGAAUGGGACGAGGAGUUUGAUGUGGAGGACGCCGUUCUCUUUGAAAUUGCCUGGGAGGUGGCAAACAAAGUCGGAGGCAUCUACACCGUCAUCCAGACCAAAGCCCGCCUGACGACAGAAGAAUGGGGGGAGAACUAUUUCCUGGUGGGCCCCUAUGUGGAGAGCAACGUGCGCACUCAGGUGGAGCUCAUCGAGCCCACCAACCCGGUGCUCAAGAGAACCCUUGACAAGAUGAACUCCAGUGGGUGUAAGGUCUACUUUGGUCGCUGGCUCAUCGAGGGCAGCCCCUAUGUGAUUCUGAUUGAUGUUGGCUUCACUGCCUGGUCUCUGGACACUUGGAAGAGCGAGCUGUGGGAGCUCUGCGCCGUCGGCGUGCCAUGGUUCGACCGCGAGGCCAACGAUGCCGUGCUGUUUGGCUUCUUGACAGCCUGGCUCCUGGGAGAGUAUGCAGCCCAGAGUGAUGGGACGCCGCACAUCGUGGCCCAUUUCCAUGAAUGGUUGGCCGGCCUGGGCCUGGUGUUGUGCAGACAGAGACAGUUGCCCAUAGCAACCAUUUUUACCACGCAUGCCACACUCCUGGGACGGUACCUAUGUGCUGGAAAUGUCGACUUCUACAACAAGCUUUCAGAGUUCAACGUGGACAAGGAGGCCGGCGACAGACAGAUCUACCACCGCUAUUGUCUGGAGCGGGCGGCCGCGCAUUGUGCACACGUCUUCACCACCGUGUCCCAGAUCACAGCCAUCGAGGCAGAGCACCUGCUCAAGAGGAAGCCCGACAUCGUCACGCCCAACGGGCUAAACGUGAAGAAGUUCUCAGCGGUGCACGAGUUUCAGAACCUUCACGCUCAGAGCAAGAAUCGGAUUCAGGAGUUUGUCAGGGGACACUUUUACGGGCACCUUGACUUCAACCUGGACAAGUGUUUGUUCCUCUUCAUUGCUGGAAGGUACGAAUUCUCCAACAAAGGAGCAGACAUCUUCUUGGAGUCUCUAGCCAGACUCAACUAUCUACUGAGAGUCAAUCACAGCGACGUGACCGUCAUUACGUUUUUUAUCAUGCCGGCUCGGACAAACAACUUCAAUGUGGAGACGUUGAAAGGCCAAGCUGUCAGGAAGCAACUUUGGGAUACCGCUCAAACUGUGAAGGAGCGCUUCGGAAAGAAGCUUUAUGAAUCACUGCUUGUUGGACAGCUGCCUGAUGUGUCAAAGAUGCUGGACAAGGAAGACUUCACCAUCAUGAAGCGUGCCAUCUUUGCCACGCAAAGACAGAGCCAGCCUCCGGUCUGCACACAUAACAUGCUGGAGGACAGCAGCGACCCCAUUCUAAACUGUGUACGCCGCAUCGGCCUUUUCAACAGCUCCUCUGACCGUGUCAAGAUUAUAUUUCAUCCCGAGUUCCUGUCCUCCACCUCUCCUCUGCUUCCGAUGGAUUACGAGGAGUUUGUAAGGGGAUGCCACCUGGGCGUUUUCCCCUCUUAUUACGAGCCUUGGGGCUACACACCAGCUGAGUGCACGGUGAUGGGGAUUCCAUCCAUCUCCACAAACUUAUCAGGCUUCGGUUGUUUCAUGGAGGAACACAUAGCCGACCCCUCAGCAUAUGGCAUUUACAUCCUGGACCGGCGGUUUCGGGGCGUGGACGAGUCGUGUAACCAGCUCACUUCCUUCCUGUUCCAGUUCUGCAAGCAGAGCCGACGCCAGAGGAUCAUCCAGAGGAACCGUACCGAGCGUCUGAGUGACCUCCUCGACUGGAGAUACCUCGGCAGGUAUUAUGUGUCUGCACGUCACAUGGCCCUGGCUAAAGCCUUCCCUGACACCUACGUGUACGAACCUCAUGACCCCACCUCAACGUCAGGUUUCCGUUACCCCCGUCCGGCCUCCGUGCCGCCAUCUCCCGCCCUCUCCCGGCACUCGUCCCCCCACCACAGCGAUGCCGAGGACAACGACGAAGACGAACGCUACGACGAAGAUCUGGAGGCGGAAAAGGACCGAGUGAACAUUCGCCAGCCUUACACGCUGCCGUUCAAAAACAAGCCGGCUGUCGUCCACAGGGCCAAUGGCAAUGGCGUGGCGAGGGAGAAAAACUGACACGCACCACUUGUGCACGCACAAACUCACUUGUAAAGCGUGUGGCGGGUAUUAAAAGUCAUGCAAAAUCUCACAUAAAGGGAAGCGCUAAUGUUAAAAAAACAAAUUCAAAUGAGCUUGAUGUGUAUCUGUGUCUUCCCAGCCAGUGUGUAUCUCAGUUUUAAAAACAGUUGGACAAGUUUCGAUAUCCUGUAUCAGCCACACCAGCACUGCAACAAGCGUUUUUGUUUAAAGGGGAAAUGAAGUAGCAAAUCACACCGUAAAUAAAGUCACAACACUGGAUUACCAAGGAAGCAGGACAAAUAACGGCAUUAUUAUAAAUCUCUAGGUAUUUUUGAUAGAGCUGGAAAAACAUCCCUUUUAACAGCUUUCCACUCCAGCAGAGCGCCCUAUUAUGACCGAAUUAGGGAAAAGAAAAGCCGAAUGAACAGACAGCAGCCAGUAAAAGCACUACUUUUACGUUUCACCUCCCGAUUACACUGUUUCACGCUCAAUUUAAGCACUUUCAAAUGCCUUGUUUCCUAUAUAAAAAAAAAACAACAGAAUGGAAGUAACAUGUUAAACACACACGUGGAAAACAACAAUCGCGUCAAAAAGCUCCAAGCUUGGCCUCAUUGUGUGUUUUCAUGUGAAUUCCAAGCCUUAAAUGCUUAAAAGCAGAGACCUCACACUCCUGUCUAUCUGCUUGCGUUUUGACGUGUAUUUAUAAGGAUGAGACAGCUGCAGUAAAAUAAGGAUGUGUUUCAGCGAUGCAUCUGUGUUUGCCUGUGAGAGAGCAGCCUGGAAGUAAGGAAAUGCAUUUUGCCAGAUGUGUACUCCCUGUGAGAGUUUUAUCAUUUCUUACAAUCUUGCACCAGAUGAACUUAUAAUAAAGAGUCAAUAUAUAAGACCUGACAAGGUUUUACAAA